CGUGUAGAAAAUGCCUCCCGUUCGGUUUUUCGUCCUGGGACCGAGUCGCCCGUCACGUAGUUGCGAGCGCCCCGUUCAGAGUGAAGGUGGAGGAGCUGUUCGGCUGAUCGGCAAUCCGCAAGCGGCUUUGGCUUUCUCAACCCGAGCGAUGGCGGCGGGGACUUCCUCCUCCUGUUGGGUCGGGUUGCAGCCGCUCAAGUCCACCUUCCCUUUCCAGUUGCAGUCCCGGAGGAACGGAGAUGGAGAUCGGGCAGCUAGUGUUCCGUGGGCUGCUGGUUCUGAAAGGACCUCCCGGAACAGACCUCCAAGAGCACAGCAUACUUCAUCGUUAGAUACCAUCCUUGACUCAUACCUCAUGGGCCAGUGGCCUCGAGAUGCCGAAGGACUUCCCCUGUCACACAUGAGUGACAAAUCUACUCAGACUCCAGUAUCUUGGCAUGAGUCAGAGGUGGGAAAAGUUGCAGAUCAUAAGCGAUCUGCCUCAUGGCAUAAUAUGGAUCAUCGUAGAGAGAUUGCUAAACUGAAGCAACAGCUCCAGCGAACAAAGCUUGCUGUUUGGAAUAGCAAAGAGAAAGACCAGAGCUUUUCCACCCAAGGCAAUCAUAGCAUGGCCCCAUCAACCAAGGGUACCCCAUUUGCAUCUUUUCCAGCCCCGAGCACUGUAUCGAGCAGCUCUUCUUUGCACAACAGUUUGGAGAGUAUCAAUCAGGAAUUGGAAGAGAUAUUUGUAAAGGAGCAAGGAGACGAGGAACUCCUCAGAGUCUUGGAGGUACCAGAUGGGCACAGAGCUCCACUUCCUUUCCAAAGAAAUACUGAAGAUUCCUGGUUGCCACGACUGGAAAACAACAGUAGCCCCUGCAGCAGCCUUUCUCUUUCUCCAUCCCCUUCAGAUGGUCUUCAACAAUCCUCACCUUCUCCUACCCGGAUGAUAACUGAUGAAGAUUUGCCCAGGUUUUUAGCAAAGCUAGUAUUGGAGAACAAAGGUAGAGAAAAUGGCAGCACUUCUCCAGACCUUUCUUUUGCCCUGUCUCCUCAUCCCAACCACACCUAUGUAUUCAAGCGAGAGCCUCCAGAGGGCUGUGAAAAAAUCCAUGCUUCUGAGGAAGUAGUGCCUGAUCAGCCUGUCCUGCCUUCUUGUCCUGAUAAGAACAAAGUCUACUUCAAACCAACAGGCUCUGCCUUCUGCCAGUUUAGUCUGGUGAAGCCUCUUAUUCCCAAAGUAAAUAUCCCGUACAGAGACUUCUCUUCCUCUCCCAACCCAAAGUCCUCAGGCACAUUUCCUUCUUGCCAAGCCACUACCGCUGUCCCCAUCCUCACUCUACAGAAAGACUUGAGUGGAGACAACUUCAGUGAAAAUCCAAAAUCUCCUUCAUUAGGUUUGGAGUCCUGGAAACGGCACCAACCUGAAGACGCUGCCCUCUUUCAUAGUUCUGUAGCUGUCUGAAGAACAGGGAGUGGAGUAGAGGCAAAAUAAAUUCAUGGUCCUUCUAAGGCCUGUACAAAAAAAGUGCCUUGAUGCUGGGAAACUGAGGGAUCCCAGCAACAGCCUUAAAGUAAAGAUUGCUAUUGGACUCCUUUCAAGGAGCACUUCUUUCCUUAAGCAUCUCUGUCAAUGUCGUUCUGCUACUCUGGUAUCCAAAGAGCAAAGAUAGCAUCUUCUCAUUUGGAAUACAUAAGACAGUUAAUUACAAGGAUUGUCUUUCUCUCUGCUUGCUGUGUGAGGCAAGAGCUCAUUGACGGUGUUUAAAUGUUCCUAGAGAUGUUUCUCAAGGUUUCUACAGAAUAGAGUAUAUAAUGAAUAUAAAAUGCCAGAACUUAUGUAUGCUGAUUGAACAGUUGAUGUUACUGGGUAAAAAACUGAGCAGAGUAGUGUUUCAUGGGGUCUCAAGUCUGCAAAACCCUGUUAAGAUUCUUUUCAUAUCUUGCUCUGCACUGUAUGGCACUCACAUCACUGGAAUACAAUCAGUUAAAUGCUUUGAAGUAUUUUCUUUCCUAAUGAUUAUGCCGCACCAGAUAAUUGAGUAAGUAAAUUAUUCAAGGUGUGUCUUAGAGAUAAUGAUCUUGAGUCCCUUCAUAAGAAGGAACAGCAAAGGAGGAAUGUCCUAUUUGUGGUUUUUCCAAAUGGACCUCCUAAAAUUAUUAUUUUUUUCAAAGAACUUUUCAAAAUGAAAUUGAAGCCCAAGCCAUUCUUGAGGGAUGCAGCUGCCAAUGGAACAUAUUAUUUUUCUUUAUUAUAAUAAAUUGAACUCGGCAGUUGCCUCUUGACACUACAACCCUUUUAGCCCAUGAGUGGAAAUACACUCAGCUUUUUAUUCAUUUUAAGAAGACUCCAAAGAUCCUAUGUUCACCUACAUCUUCAUCUUAUACCUCUAGCAACCCCUUCAGUAGAAAGGCCUUAAACCUGGUGAUGCCUUGAUUUGUGUAUUUGGAAGUCAUAUUUUGUUCUUAAGUUUAUGGAUUGUACUAGGAGGGUUUUAUGAAAUUGAGAGAGAAACUAUAUUUUCUUUUGAAGACAGUAUUUUUGCAGCUACUUUUGAAGUUUUUUGUAAAUGUUAAUGUACUGUAUGCACCAUGAAAAGCUUAAUGAAACAAUCUUAGCCUCAGAGGUUCAUUGCAUCUUGAAUUGAAAGGUUUUUUUUGCAGAUUCUUGGUGUUUAAACAAUUAAAAUAACCAUAAAAAUUUUGAGUAUCAAGUAUGUUUAUACUGCAUUAUGUUUAAAAAAAGGAGAAGGUAAUGGUAAAAUAGCUUGGAUUGAUU